AUGACAAACUCAAAACCCCUUGUGUCUCACUCAGACGGCCGAUGUCUGGAAGCCGUUAUCGUAGCCCUCGACCUUGCUUGCGACGGAGAGAAGUGCACGCCCGUGCACCUGUGGAAGAAUGCCGCCCCGGGGCCUCGAGGUCGCCUCGCCGGGAAGAAGAAGCCGCCCGCGGCGCGCACACGGACACGCGUGCCACCGUUCGGACCGCGUCGCGUGAUGUGGAAACUACCGACUUUGGAGCUGAGGCUCUCCCGGAAGGAGCUCUGGGGGAACGUGCAGUGCUUGCUGUUCACCGGAUACCACAAAGACGAGGUACACGACAGCUUCUCGUGGCCGACCGGCCUCAAGUGGCUUGAUCUGGCUACAGAUCUUGGGCCGCACUUUAACCAACCCGUCCAGAACGUCGUGUGGCCAGAGUCUUUGCAAGAAAUUUGUUUUGGUGUCAGAUUCUGUUGUAACUUGGACGCAGUACGAUGGCCCGCCUCUAUGCGGCGGGUAUACCUCACCUGUCACCACCAGAAGCUAGUCUGGCCCGGCGUGCAGGUCAUCGAUAGGAAAAUGUGA